AAUGCGACAUUCAGCUUGAGAUUGAAAGCGUUGUCGUUUGAGUAAAUUCCCAAUCGCCGAGGCCCAAAGUUCCGGCGCGAGGAUUUAACCAAUAACAUAACAUAGCAUCAGUGUAUCAGUGAUCAGUCAGUGCACAUCAGAGAGCGUAGAAACGCACGCACCUCAGCUAUGGCUUCUGCUCCUUCAAAGCUCUAUGCUGAUGAUGUUAGCCUUCUGAUGGUUUUGCUCGACACGAACCCUUUCUUCUGGAGCUCAUCUUCCCUCCCGUUCUCCAUGUUUCUCUCCCAUGUGCUUACAUUUUUGAACUCGAUUUUACUACUCAAUCAACUCAACCAAGUUGUGGUUAUUGCUACGGGAUACAAUUCCUGCAGUUACAUCUACGAUUCUUCUACCUCCACGAACCAGGGUUCUGAUAAUGGAAGAAUGCCUGCACGGUGCGUUAACUUGUUGCAGAAGCUGGAGGAAUUUGUGAUCAAAGACGAGCAAUUGAUCAAAGAAGGCUUGAGAGAAGGGAUUGCUUCUUCGCUGCUAUCUGGGUCCUUAUCAAUGGCUCUUUGUUAUAUACAGAGAGUUUUUCGAUCUGGACCGCUUCAUCCUCAACCCCGGAUUUUAUGCUUGCAGGGAUCAUCGGAUGGACCUGAACAAUAUGUUGCAAUCAUGAAUGCCAUAUUUUCUGCACAACGGUCUAUGGUUCCUAUAGAUUCUUGCUAUAUGGGCUCUAGCAACUCUGCCUUCCUACAGCAGGCUUCAUACAUUACUGGUGGUGUGUAUCUGAAGCCCCAACAACCGAAUGGGCUGUUCCAAUAUCUCUCGACAGUUUUUGCAACUGAUUUGCAUUCUCGAGCCUUUUUACAGCUUCCUAAGUCUCUUGGUGUGGAUUUUCGUGCCUCGUGUUUUUGCCAUAAGAAGACAAUAGACAUGGGCUACAUUUGUUCUGUGUGCUUGUCCAUAUUUUGUAAGCAUCACAAGAAAUGUUCAACUUGUGGGUCAGUAUUUGGUCAAGCUCAGUCAGAUGUUAACUCAACAUCCAACAAGAAAAGAAAAACUCCAGAGACAUAAUGUUAGUUCUCUGAAGGCAUACUGUGUGAGUUCUAUGAGGGCUGUCUGGGAACCAGGUUUGCAGUGAUACAUGUGUGCCUCUCCUCGUAGAAUUUUGGCACCAUAGCUCAAUCGAAGCGCAUAUCACUGGGUGUGUUUCAUGAUGCCAACAAUUUUGCGGAGGUAAAAAGAAGUCUAGCUGGCUGAUUAUACAACUAAGGCGAGCUCAUAGGCCCAUUUAUGAUUUCUUGUAUCUGAUCUCGUGUUUAGAAAGUAGAGAGUGGCGGUUAUCCCGGAUGGUUAUUAGAUGGUAAAACAUAAUAUAAAGAAAUUACAUGUAUGCAUGUUGUGAGCA